GUGCCGCUCGCUGUUGGUGCAAAUAAUAAAGUUUAUUUUUGCUAUAACUUCAUAGUGAUUAUUAAAAGUCAUUCAAUUAAUAAUUUGCGAGCUGAAGAAAAGCUAAAUAAUUGAUGGCAAAUGUAGUUUUCAAGUGGCUACAGUGCAAAAGAAACAUGUAGCGAAUUUAUCGAUUUGUGUGAAAUUUGCAAGCAGAAAGUACCAAUCAUUUAAUUGGCCAAGGAAGGCAAAAAGAAAGUUUUCAUAUUAAAGUUGUGAAUGCAAUAUGGAAAACUUAAACUUUGCACGCACACCGCAGUUUCUGCGCAAAGUCAUCAACGAGGCGCGCAGAUCGUUUAUACAUAGUGACGACACCGCCGCCGCUGCUGGCAAAGCUGCGAGUAAUAGUCUCGAAGAAGAGGCAACGCCACACGACGAAAUGGAACUCGCCCACACCCUGACCCUCAACGAGGAGGCACUGAAGCAGUUGCCGGAGCACAAACAUGCCGUUUUCGAAUUGGAAUGGCUGCGUUAUUUGGAAAAAUCCCUGCCGCACUUGCCCAAGCAUGAGAUCAAGGCCGGACAAAAGAAGCUCGUACAGCAGCUGUCGGAGCGCAUUCAGGGUGCACCUGGUCCUCCGAUGCGUAAGCUCAUUGCCAGCGCCUUAGCCACGCUCUUCUCCGUGGGCGACACCUUUAUGCUGUUUGAUACGGUCAACGCAUGCAAUGAUAUACUGAAGAACAAGGAUGACUCACCCAGCUAUUUGCCCACAAAGCUAGCUGCCAUUUGUGUAUUGGGUUCGAUGUACGAGAAAUUAGGACGCAUGAUGGGACGCACUUACGAGGACACCGUGCAGAUUUUAAUUCGCACGCUGAGGAACGCAGAAUCGCAAGCUCGCAUCGAGAUCAUGCACACGUUGGAGAAGGUAAGCGCCGGCAUGGGAACAGCGAUUGCCAACGUGCACAAGGAUAUCUACAAGGCAGCCAAGCAUUGUUUACUUGAUCGUGUGAUGGCUGUGCGUGUUGCUGCCGCUCGCUGCAUCCUCAAGAUGAUUUAUAGUGCCCCGUUUUUGUAUCAAACGGAGCUGGAGAGUCUGGGCAAUCUCUGCUUUCGCGCAUUCGACGGCAGUAACUACGAGGUGCGCUGUGCCGUCGCUCAGUUGCUGGGCACGCUCUUGGCCUACACCCAACAGCUGGCGGAGGCGGCAAGCAACAAGAAAUCGCCUCAUGCCCAGGCAGCAGCCGCAUUGCAGGCAGCCAAAGGUGGCACACUGCGUCUGGUUUCAUUGGACGAGGCAUUGAAUAUACUAAUGGCUGGAUUUCUACGCGGCGGCGCUUCAUUUCUCAAGGGCACUGGAGAAAUCAUCAAAGGCAGCUCCGGAGUUAAUCGUGAGGUGCGUGUGGGCGUAACACAUGCCUAUGUGGUGUUUGUGCAGUUCAUGGGCAGCGUUUGGCUCGAGAGGCAACUGAGCACAUUUCUAGCACAUGUGCUGGACUUGGUAGCCAAUCCAAAGGCCGCUUGCUCGCAUGUAGAUGCCGUCUAUUCGCGUAAGUGCAUCAACUUUAUACUACGAACGACAAUUGGCAAAAUGCUUGGGGAAAAGGCGCAAAGCGCCGCCUGCAAGGAACUCAUACAUUUGGUGGCCAAGCAGAUGAACUCCAUUGACUUUAAUCCGGAGAAUGCCAAGGACUCGAACCAGGAGACGCUGUUCAGUCAACACUUGCUAGUCUGCGCCCUACAGGAGCUUAGCUCUCUGUUCAUUGGACUGGGCACAACAGCACAGAAUCUGCUCACAGACCAAUCGCUGAAUGCCAUCGAUGCCACCUGUGCGGUCCUGGUGCAUCCCUGUGCCGCAGCACGUCUAGCGGCUGCCUGGUGCCUAAGGAGCUGCUGCAUUGCGGUGCCCAGUCAAAUAACACCGCUGAUCGAUCGAUUUAUCGAGGCCAUGGAACAGAUGCGCUCCUCGCCGGAAGCCAUUGCGGGCUAUAGUUGCGCCUUAGCGGCCAUUUUGGGUAGCGCACGCCACUCACCGUUGGGCAUACCGCACACCAAGGGCAAAGUGGUGUUCAAUUGUGCCGAGGAGCUGCUGCGUUCUGCUUCCCAGAAUAGCCGCAUGUCGCUGCAUCGCACCCAGGCGGGCUGGCUGCUGAUUGGCGCCAUUAUGACCCUUGGUUCGCCUGUGGUCAAGGGUCUGUUGCCACGCAUGUUGCUUCUGUGGCGCAACUCGUUUCCACGCUCCAACAAGGAACUCGAAUCGGAAAAAGCGCGAGGCGAUGCUUUCACCUGGCAGGUGACUCUCGAGGGACGCGCUGGUGCCCUCUCAGUGAUGCACAGCUUUUUGCUCAAUUGUCCGGAUCUGGUCAGUGAGGAUAUAACACGACGUUUGCUCACGCCCAUCGAGAGUGCUCUAGCAAUGUUGGUCAACCUGGCAACAGUUCUUAAGAGCUACGGCACUCAAUUGAAGGCACCAGCGGCCAUGGUUCGCUUACGUCUCUUUGAAACUCUUACGCUGCUGCCCCCCACUGCUCUCGAGGCAUCGUACACGCAUCUCUUGCGCAUGCUCGUCUCAGAGUUUACGCUGUCGGACAAUGCAGCCAACACAACAAAUUCACUGUUGCGCACUCUUUGUCACGGGGAUGACUCCAUCAUAUUGGGCACUUGGCUACAGGAGACAAAUCAUCGUACCAUCGAAGAUCAGAUGGAACCCAAUCGAAAAGUCGACGGCGAGCAUCUCCAGCCAAAUAGCGCUGCUGGUUCCGGCGCCCUAGAGCACGAUCCCUGCUGCCUGUAUCGGCCCAACUGGUCGGCCCAGCACAACUACAGCAGCUCUAGUCCCAGCAAUGCAAGCACUAACAACUUACAACUGAUCAAUAAGGCGCAACAGUGCCCAGGUCCGCUGCCACUAGGUGUCGCGGUUAUUGACAUGGCCGUGACAUUGUAUGGCACCAUUUUUCCCAAGGUGGCCAACAAGCAUCGCCUCCAAAUGCUGGAUCACUUCGCCGAGUGCAUUAAGCAGGCGAAGAGCAAUCGGCAAGAAGCUGUGCAGAUGAACAUCUUCACUGCGCUGCUGUUUGCAUUGAAACAGCUUACGGACAGCAAGACAAGCAUUGGCCAGGAGGAUGUGAAGAAGAGUGCCACCAGUUUAAUAGUCGCCUCAUUGACCAGCACCAAUUCAACAAUACGCUGUGCAGCUGGCGAAUCUCUCGGACGUUUGGCUCAAGUCGUUGCUGACUCUCAUUUCACAGCCGAACUGGCGCAGAAUAGUUUCGAUAAAUUGAAGUCAGCACGCGAUGUGGUAACACGAACAGGACACUCACAUGCCCUGGGUUGUCUGCAUCGUUAUGUAGGCGGCAUGGGAUCCUCGCAGCAUCUGAGCACCAGUGUCUCCAUUCUGCUCGCUUUGGCCCAGGACAGUGCCUCGCCAGUGGUGCAGGUGUGGUCGCUAUACGCGCUGGCCCAGAUCGCUGACUCUGGCGGACCCAUGUUCCGUGGUUAUGUGGAGGCAACGCUGACGCUCUCUUUGAAACUGCUGCUCAGCGUACCGCAUGCCCAUGUGGAUGUACAUCAAUGUGUCGGACGAGUGGUAAAUGCUUUGAUCACAACCGUUGGUCCUGAGCUCCAAGGCAACAAUGCAGCAGUCAAUGCUAUGCGUAGCUCCUUCCUCUGCGCGGCGGCUCUGCUGCAAUCUCAUGCCGAUCCGCUGGUGCAAUCGGAGGCAAUUGGCUGUCUGCAGCAGCUGCAUUUGUUUGCCUGCAAGUCUCUGCAGUUGGACACACUCGUUCCAACGCUAGUCAAAAUGCUGGCCAGCAACUACUUCAUACUACGAAAGGCGGCAGUUGCCUGUUUACGUCAACUGGCACACCGCGAGGCACGUGAAGUAUGUGACUUGGCGCUGACCAUAACGCCGGAGCAAUGCCCGGACUUGAUAAUAACGGAAUAUGGUCUACCGGGUCUGCUAUUCUCUAUGCUCGACACUGAAACGGAUGCGGAGAUGCUGAAGAAUAUACACGACACUCUCACAUCGAUGCUGCAAAUGCUUGCGGCCGAUAAUCUUAGCAAUUGGUUGAGCCUCUGCAAGAAGGUGCUCACCGUGGCCGUAGAGGGUGGCGGAGCCAUUGAAGAUCCAACGGCACUGGCAGGAGCUGCCGGUGAUGCAGCUGGCAAGUCGGGCACGGGCGAACAAUUGAAUACCGAUGACGACGACGAUGAGGAGGAGGAGUAUGCUGACGAUGUCACCGAGUAUCGGGCGGAGGAGAAUACUUCCACGCAUCCCGCAGUGCAGCCACGUUGGCCCACGCGCGUCUUUGCCGCACAAUGCGUGCGUCGCAUCAUCUCCAGUUGUGAGGCGGCCAAUGCAUUGCACUUUGAUCUGCUGCAGGCCAAGGAACAGCAGCUGAUAAAAUCGCGCAGCGGCGACUAUCUCAUUCUCCAUUUGGCAGAGCUCAUACGCAUGUCAUUCAUGGCUGCCACCUCGGACUCGGAUCAGCUGCGGCUGGAGGGACUGCGCACUCUGCAGGAGAUCAUAGAUCGAUUUGCAAACGUGCCCGAACCAGAGUUUCCAGGCCAUCUGCUGCUGGAGCAGUAUCAGGCACAGGUUGGCGCUGCCUUGCGUCCAGCUUUUGCUCCCGACACGCCAUCCCAUGUGACGGCCGCAGCAUGUGAAGUGUGCUCCGCUUGGAUUGGCUCUGGCGUCGCUCGGGACAUUAGCGAUUUGCGGCGAGUGCAUCAAUUGCUGGUCAGUUCGCUGAACAAGCUGUACACAAAGACGAACAGCACGCAAUUGUACAACGAAUCGAUGGCCACAUUGGAGAAGCUCAGUAUUCUAAAGGCGUGGGCCGAAGUCUACAUUGUCGCCAUGCUGGGCAACGGCAAGGCGCCCGCCUCACUGCUGGCCAUCUCUCCAGCUGGAGGAGCAGGAUCGUCAGCGCAAACAGAGCUCGUGAGUGGCCUGGACCUGGAUGUGGAUAACCGUGGCGAGAGUUUGCUGGGUCUGGUGCAGCCAGAGCUGCACAAUUUAUCGAACCAUUGGCUGGCCGCAAUGAAGGAUCAUGCGCUGCUGCUGCUGCCCGCUGAGUUUCAAUCGCAAUUGCCACGCGAUGGUGGCUCGUUCUACACCACGGACACGAUCAACUCAUCCAAGCCGCACUACAUGACAAGCUGGCCACCCAUUAUGUAUGCGGCGGCUCUUUGGUUGCGUGACGAAGGUUUCGCGAGGCAUCAGGAUACACAGACGCAAGUGGAAACCACAACGGCGGGCUCAUCAGAGCCAGAGUCCAACAACAAUCACAUUACACACGGCUCUCUGUCGGCGGAUCGAUUCCAUAUGAUCUUCGGCAUUUGCAUGGAGGCUUUGUGCAGCAUGCGCAGCUCCGACAAGCCGAGAAACAUCGUCAGUUGCCUGCGAGCGCUGCACAGUAUCUUCGAUUCGGAUUGGGCACGUCGCCAGCUGAUCAAAGAUCGAGCACUGACCAUUGAGCUGUGUCACGUACUGCAUCGCCAGAUACUCACCCGUGAUGAGCUGCUCGUUCAGCUGCUGUGCGUGGAGAUACUGAAGCAGACCAUACAGGCGGCUCGCGAGGAUUUGCAGCGCAAUCGCGACAGUCAACAGGCCUCGGACAAUGCCAAUGAUAAUGUUCCCGAGAACGUAGAGUUGGGUGAAGGCAGCGUCAUGCAGCCAGGCAGCUCGCAUGUCUAUGCUGUGUUGGAGGUGUGCCUCUGCCUCUUUGUGCGUCAAAUACCCAGCCUCAAUCCCAGCAAGCAAACCAACCUGCAGCUGGACUACGCCUAUGCCAAAAACAAUGCCUCAUUCUUUUCGGUGCUGGGCGAUGACAAUGGCCGACUGGUGGCCAGUGGACUACAGUGUGUGGAGCAGCUGCUUGAGUUGUGCACGCCCAGCGGUGCCUUGACUAUACUGCCCACCAUACUCUACAUGACCACGAGCAUUAUUCGCGAGAUUGCCAACAAGUCGUUCAUUGACAGCAGCAUUCUGGCCAACACUUGCGCUGUGCAAGCCGCCCUUCAGUGUCUGCGCUCCGUUUGCGUUCAUCGCUGGGCCCAACAGCCCAGCACUGUGGACGAUUGGCAGCAGCUGUUGCAGAGUGCCUUGGCCACUAUUAUCGAUAUGACGAAAACGGCUGGCGACAACGAGGAGCGCAAAGUGGAUGAAGUUACCAUGUUGCUGGCCAUUGCUGUAUUCAUACUUCACACACCCGCAUCUGUGGUGUCUGCGCCUUCGCUGCAAUAUCCGUGCAUCAAUCAUUUCCGUCAGUGUUUGCAAUCGGAGAAUUUGUCAGUCAAGUUGAAAUGCAUCGAGACGACUCGUUCUAUAUUCACAAAGGCCGAUCUUAAAACAUCAACCCCCUACAUCCAUGCAUUGGCGCCCCGCAUCAUUGAAUCUUUGUACGCGGAGUCGAGUAAGUUGCCAGCCAGUGAACUGGAGCUGCAGGUGACUCUUGAAAGCAUUGUGACCGUGGAUCAGUUAAUCGAGCUCGCCGAGCCGCAGCAUCGAAACUUGCUACAAGAUAUACAAAUGCUAACCCUGCUGGUUCCUGUGCUAAUCAGCUAUCUGGCCGAUCUGAGCAAGCUGCGCACGUUACCCAAGUAUCAACGUCAACUGCACGAGCAUGCCUUGCAGUGGCUGUUGAAGAUUGGACCUAAGUAUCCGCAGGAGUUCAAGGCAUUGAUGUGUCAAAAGCCCGAGCUGCGACAGAAACUGGAGGCGGCCAUACGGAAUCAGCAGCAGUCAAUUAAUCUCGCCCAGAAGGCCAACGAGGCGCAACGGAACGGAUUGCUGGCAAAGCCACAGAAGCCGACGAUCAAACUGAAAACUGACUUUAGCAACUUCCAAUAAUUGAACCGAUUCGAUAUAUAAUGCACGCAACUAAUGAUAUGCAAAGCUAAUAGCGUGAUUUAUUACAGCCUGCUAAGGAAAUGCUUGCAAUACUUUCGGUUUUCUUUUGCGCUAAACGCAUAAUAAGUACCUAAAGAACCUACCAUACAUAUACAUACAUAUAUAUAUAAAUUAAAACUUGAUAUAUGCAUAUACGAAAUCUACAAACAGAUUGGUCCUUUGUGUGAGGAUAUAUUUCAUAUUGUUAGUUAUAUACAU